AGACUUGACGAGCCCAGGCUCAGCGAUACCACUACCACGACUAUCACGAACUGCAUCUCUUUCGGAAAGGACGGGUUUCUCAACACCUAUGGUCUCCUGUUCUCUCUAUUUCUUUCUAUUGGCUUCGAUGUGUUCGAUCAUUCUCCCCAAGUAUAUCUUGGGAUGUAUCACGACUAUCCAUACCUCUCGUUGGUUUAGCCUCUUCUUCUUUAUUUCUGGCUGCAUAGCGACGGCUUCUGGAGCGUUUUUAGCGAAAAACUGUGCUCUCUCGGGUUGGCUACCUCUUAUUGAAAUUGCAACUGCCUUGAUGGCGUAUUGUUUUGGACGGCGAUUUAGCAAAAGCGACAAAAAGAUUACGACGAUGGGCUUCACGGCCUCAUGACUAUAUUUACGACGAUUAUGAAUUCUAUUACACGUUCUCAACUACAAUAAUUUGCAAAA